AUUUCCCAAAUUUAAAUGUGUGACAUUUUGUUUAUACAAGACAAUUUGUAUAUCGAUUAUCAGCAUGAUGUCUUUGCCCAAAACGCCAGAAGAACUUGUGAGCAUGGAUACUGCCAGCUGGCAACUACUGCUCCAGGAUCCAAACCAAUGGCAGAAUAUACCGUUGCUGAAUCAUACCCCGCUACACAAACUGAAAGAUCAAACUUUGGUGCGUUUUCGCGGAAUGGUGCAGGAUAUGAUGGAUCAGGAAAUCUAUUUAGAGCGCUAUGGUGUCAAGUCAGCAGAUGGUAUAAUGCGAUUGCAACAAGGAAAAUAUCGCGAUUGCUUGAACUUGGAUAAAGAUGAGCAGGUGGACUACGAUAAUGUGGUGCAUGGCGAGCGACGCACAUUGUUUGUGGUCUCGGUGCCCGGCCUGAAUGACUGGGCGAAGCAGCAUGAACACAAGUGCAACGUGCAAGAAGAUGAGCCCAUGGUUUCCAAUAGUCACGGAGUGAAACGCGUGCUGCAAGAGGAAUCAAGUGAGGAACAAAUGGAAGUGGACUCACAUAAGAGACAAUGUUUGGAGUCACCGCAGCAGCUGGAAUUGGCCAAAAGCAAUGCAACCACCUUGGCUGCUAGCUAUUUACUUAAUUCGCCUCUGCCGGAACGUCCUAGCAUGGCCUGCAUGGUCAAAGUGUAUGAGAACUUUGAUAACUUUAGCUUAAACUCGUUGCUGGACUUUGUGGGCUUUCUCUCUGUGCACCCGGCAUUGGAUGCUGCUUUGCUGGAAGCAGAUACAGCCGAGAACUUGACCGAGUUGGCAGCGCAGCAUCCUUCACCUUUACUCAUACCACGUUUGCAUGCAUUUGGCGUGCAACCGUUGCCACAUGCGAAUCCACUGCUAGAUCGCAGUCUACAACAACCCAGUGUGCCAGCAACGUUGCCUGCCAUGGCAUCGCUGCAUAAGGAUCUUCGCAUGUUGCUCAAGCUUUGUCUGUUUGAUGAUGAGCUGGCUGCUGAUUAUCUCAUCUGUCAUUUAAUCUCUACAGUUUACAGUCGCUCGGAGCUGCAGAGCAUUGGUAAAUGCGCUUUAAAUUUAUGUAAUCUGCCCAAGAGUCGGGUAGAGGGCUAUGCUAGGCAGCUGUCGGAGCUGCUGGCAUUGUUACUGCCUGCCAGUCACUAUCUGCCAAUGUCCCUGGACACCCUAAAUACCGCUGCCUUUGCGCCCAAAAAGGAUUACGAGACCAGCAAGCUAGUAUCUGGUUUGCUGCAGCUGGCGCCGCAUACACAUCUCAUUUUAGAUGAAACCUGUCUGCAGCAAGGCAAACUGGAGGCUAGUGGUGUGCAAGCAGUACAGCAUUUGGCAAAUUUAAUAAAUCAUCAGCAGCUCAAGUGCGACUUUCAAUAUUAUCAUAUAGACUAUAACGUCGAUAUACCUGUGCUGAUAUUUAGCGAGGGCAGAAGCAUGUUGCCGUCGGAUUUUGUGCUGCCGUUAAACGCUGAUUCCAAGGCUAUAGAGAUACACGCCGAGUCCAUGCAGGCAGCGCAGCAUUAUCUUCAACCAGAACGUCUACAGCAGCUGCGCAGUUAUCUCACAUUGGCACGUACCGCCAGCUACAAUGUCAGCGAUGCGCUGACCGAGCAAAUACAGCAGGACUUUGUGCAGAUGCGUCAAGCGAAUGCCAAAAGUAACGCAGAUGAUUUACAUGGACUGCUGGUGCUGUCCAGACUGCUGGGCAUAGCGCGUGGUCAAGUGGAGUUGGAUAAGAAUACUUGGGACAUGGCUAUGAAGUUCGAAGCGCAGCGUCGUCAGCGACUGCAAGCGUUGCCCAAGUCACAGGUUUCGAAUUAAUUUUUUAUAAUUUAUUAAAUG